AGUAGUAAUAUACCAAACAACCCUCUGCGGUUUAUCGUUGACAACGCACAAAGAGCCCUUGUCAAUAUAUAUAUAUAUUCGUCUUUGUUUUCAUCUUCCAAUUUGUUCCCAUUCGGCUUUCGUCUUCUUUCUCUCUCUCACCGACCCAACCGAGGCGGACGCGAUUUCUUCCUUCAAUCUCCGCCUCUUCCGCUAACCCAUUCUUUUCCGAACCCAUAUAUAAAUUGAAAAAAAUAACAAAAACCCAAAUCAAUUUUUGAUUCAGAUUCAGAUUCAGAUUCAGAUUCAGAUUUGUAUGUGUAUUUAUAGUUGUAUAUGUGGGAUACUAUACUCCAAUGAUGGAUCUCAGAAGAGGGUGCUUGGUGGUGCUGGGUUCGUUGUUUAUUUUGCUUCCAAAUUUGGUGUCGGCGAAUGUUGUGUUUAAGGUGCAGAGCAAAUUUGCGGCGGCGCGUGAGAGGACAUUGCCUUCGUUGAAGGCUCAUGACGAUCGCCGCCAUGGAAGAAGGCUAGCCGCUGUGGAUCUCCCUUUGGGUGGCAAUGGAAGCCCUACUGAUACCGCGCUCUACUACACUAAGAUUGGAAUUGGAACUCCUCCGAAGGACUAUUAUGUGCAGGUAGAUACAGGAAGUGACAUUAUGUGGGUGAAUUGUGCUGGCUGUGACAAAUGUCCUACUAAAAGUGACCUCGGCGUAGAACUGAGACUCUAUGAUCCGAAUGGCUCCACAACUGGAACAUCGCUUACUUGUGACCAAGAUUUUUGCAUUGAGACAGUCAACCCUACUGGUUGCACGGUUGGGUCAGCUUGUUCAUAUGGUGUUACUUACGGAGAUGGGAGCUCAAGCAUGGGAUACUUUGUUAAAGAUAAUAUACAAUUGGAUCGAGCUUCUGGAAACCUUCAAACCACACCCAUGAAUGGUAGUGUAGCGUUUGGGUGUGGAGCUAAACAAUCCGGUCAGCUGGGUUCAUCUUCUCAAGCACUUGAUGGCAUCCUUGGUUUUGGACAAGCAAAUUCUUCCAUGAUAUCACAGCUUGCAUCGGUUGGAAAGGUUAAAAAAAUGUUUGCACAUUGCUUGGAUGGUACUAAUGGAGGUGGAAUCUUUGCUAUUGGACAACUGGUGGAGCCAAAACUAAACUCAACUCCGUUGGUCCCAAACCAGGCACAUUACAAUGUUAUUUUGAAGGCAAUUGAGGUGGGUCAUGAUGUUCUACAACUUCCCACAGAUGUAUUGGAGUCUGGGAAAGCGGUGGUAAUUGAUAGUGGUACAACCUUGGCAUAUCUUGCAAAUGACUUGUUUACCCCACUAAUGGACAAGAUUAUGGCCGCACAACCCGAUUUGAAAUUGCAUACCGUUGAGCAGCAGUUCACUUGCUUUCAGUUCAAUGGAAAUGUGGACAAUGGAUUUCCAGCUGUCAAUUUUCGUUUUGAGAAUUCACUUUCUCUGACGAUUGUUCCUAGUGAAUAUCUGUUCCAACUUCGUGAUAACGUGUGGUGUGUUGGUUGGCAAAACGGUGGGAUGCAAUCAAAGGAUGGAAAGGAACUAACUCUUUUGGGAGAUAUGGUUCUAUCGAAUAAGCUCGUUUUGUAUGAUCUCGAAAAUCAGACUAUUGGGUGGGCUAAAUACAAUUGCUCUUCAAGUGUCAAAGUGAGGGAUGACCCAUCUGGACAGGAGUAUCUUAUUGGCUACCAUGAUCUUGCUUCAGCAAGCAAUCGGAAUACAGGAUGGACUUUAACAUUAUUGUUGCUACUGGCUAUCCUGGGCAGUUUCAUAUGACGAGAUGAGAGAGGUUUGGCAAGUUGAUUGGCAGCAAUUGAUUUUGUUUUGUUUUUGGUGUACACUAAUUAGUAUAAUGUAAAUGUGUGCAUUCGUAUGAUUCUUUCUUUGGUGUCUCAGUGUUUUAUGCUUUGAAGGAUUCAGGUUGUUGGUUAGAGUUAGUUUUAUACUUAAGUUUUUUCGGUUUCUUAGUUCGGCUGGAUUUCAUCAUUGGAAAUUGCAAGGGACAUUUUUUUUUUAUUUUUUUUUUAUUUUUGGAGGACUAAAUAAUGAUCUCCUUGGCAUAUAUAUUCAUUUCCACGUGGAAGUUUAGUUUUACAUGGCA